AUGGCGUCCCUUCCACCGAUUCCGGCAGACAUUGGGCGAAUCGCUGGUCCUCUUCUCCUUGGCCACCUGAUGAAUUGGGGACUGUUUGGGGCGCUCGCGCUUCAAGUCUACAUGUAUUUCCUCGCCUUCCCAACCGAUCCGAUUAGGAGCAAAGCUCUAGUCUACGGAGUCUUCAUACUCGAGACAGCGCAAACACUCCUUCUUACCCAGAGCGCAUUUCAUGGAUUUGCCGAAGGCUUCGGGAAUCUCCUAUUCCUCGACGAAAUUGGGACUAUCUGGUUCAGCGUCCCUAUCAUGAGUGGAAUCGUCGCUUUCAUGGCCCAAACCUUCUACGCUUACCGAAUCAGCGUUCUCGCCCAGUCGAAGAUCGUGGCGUCAUUUAUCGUUGUGCUGGCGCUUGUUCAGUUAGGGGGUUCGAUCGCCACAGGGGUAGAAUCGAAACGAGCAGUUUUCAACAGUAAUUUUUUGGGAACACACUCAUAUAUCACGACUGGCAUUUGGAACGGUGGAAGCGCCCUUUGCGACCUCAUUAUUGCAGUAUGCAUGACAUUUUAUCUGUCCCGACGAAAUACCGGGAUGAAGCAAACACAACAAGUGGUUAGGAAAAUCACACGGCUCACAAUCGAGACUGGUUCUCUGACGGCCGUCAUCGCGAUCCUGAACUUCAUUCUGGCCCUCCUUCCUGGCCGUCCUACAUAUUACAUGGCAACCGCCGGCAUCCUCGGAAAGCUCUAUUCCAACUCGAUGCUUGCCGUCUUUAACAGCCAGUCGUUCGCAUAA